UUAUUUUUAUUAUUUUUACUAUCCAAUGACCAUAAAAGCAUCCUCUGCUUGAAUCAGUUGAUAUUUCAUCUUCCUGCCCUCCCUCCCUCUCUUUCUCUCUAGCACUUGAGCUCUCCUCUCCUUUCAGAUUUUUAGGGUUUGAUAGUUGAUUUUGUUCUGUUCGAUUGCGAGGUUUUCCGCCUGUAAGUUUGCGAUCUGAUUCAAUUUCAUGGUAAUAUAGCCUCAAUAGUGAGAAUUGGAGAGAUGAAACAGAUAUCGCACUCUUAAUUUCCGCCUGGUUCCAUGGUUAGGGGGUUUAACCACCUGUCUGGUUCAUUUUUAAGAGCUUUCAUGAUGUUGUAGUUGCAAGUGACAAACGCUAUAGAGGUUUUCUUGACAAAUGAUGCAGAGAGGAGACUUGUCUUCCAUGGGGGAAUUAGCAAGGGGAUACAAUGGAGAAACUCAAGAAAUUUUUUAUCAGAGGGGUUAUUUUCAUCCCGUGGAGAAGGGCACAGGGCCUCUGUUUGAAGGUUUUCAGAGGCUUCGGCUUGGGGAUGGACCAGAUUUUAAUGGCUCAGCUCCAACAAAUGACAAUCUCAAGCAGGUUAUUAAGGCAGUUGAGGCAGCUGAAGCCGUUAUCAAUCAACAGGAAGAAGAGAAUAAGAACCUGCGCAUGGAACUUCAGAGAAAAGGACAGGAACUUGAAAAAUAUAAAUUAGAAGCUGCAAGUCCCCCAAUGUCAACUGCAAAUGGUUCUGGAGAAGGAGGUAUGAUGAUCAUCCACAAUAAUCCGACACCCACAGAAAAUGUUAGUCAUGCACCAGAAACUAGUUCAGCAAGUCAACACUUCCCUCAGAGCAGUAAUGGGAGUGGAACUUUCAGAGCAUUACCUGAUGGGCUGGCAGGUGGGGAUAAUGCAGGGUUCUCCCAUAUAUCCUCACCAUCUUACCGGCACCAAAAGGAAGGGCAAUAUGAUCCCAGGCCUAAGUCAUCUGAUCAAGGGCUGGUGUACAUUCCUGAAAAUAUGGCUCUUAAGAUUAGAGAAUAUGAGGAGGACAUAUUUCAUUCAAGAAAACAACUUGCUGACUAUUCUAUGAGGGAAGCACAAUUACGUAAUGAGAAAAACGUUCUGGAAAAGCGCAUUGCUUAUAUGCGCAUGGCAUUUGAUCAGCAGCAGCAGGAUCUAGUGGAUGCAGCAUCAAAGGCUCUAGCAUAUAGACAAGAUAUAAUAAAGGAAAACAUACGUCUUACAUAUGCACUACAAGCUUCAGAGCAAGAGCGUACAAUAUAUAUAUCCUCCUUAUUGCCUCUUCUUUCUGAUUAUGAUUUGACACCACCUGUGACUGAUGCUCAAUCCAUUGUUAGCAAUCUCAAGUUGUUAAUUCAACAUUUGCGUGAGAAACUGAACUUCAGUGAGACUAAGAUGAAGGAGUCUCAGUACCAAUUGGCCGCUUGGCACCCAGAUAGUCUGAACAACCCCAAUUUUAUUCCGCACCCACCUUUCCAUUCUGGUGGUGAGGUAUCACACUCAUCUCAUAUUAAACGUGGUCUUGAAAUUGUGCCCCAAGCUGCAUAUUCUGCUGCACAAAUGCCAAUAUCUCCUACUUCCAAUGCCCAGACAGCCAUAAUAGAUUGGGAGGCAUUUGGGAACCAAUAUCAUCAUAGUGGUUCAAAAAAUGUGGGUCAUGAUAAUACGGAACCAUCCACCUUCUCUGAAACUAGGAUUGCUACUGCCCAAGGUCUGUCAUCUGUUCUUCCUCCUGCACAAAAUGAUGGUCAUGCUGAUUCUCUCUCAUUCAAGGACCUUGCGAGUGAUAGUGAAGUAGAUGGUUCUCGACAACAAAGUGAGAGAGAACCAGCGGUCCAUUGGGCUUCAGCAAGUGCUCCAUUUAACAUGCCUGCACCUGAGGAUCCAAGCUCGUCCUUUACUCCCCAAUUACCUCCAGUACUUGAAGAACCUAGCUCCUCAUAUUCUGAAGCAGCAGACGAUGAUGCUUUACCGGCGAUACGUGAACUUCAAAUCGCCGGUGAUGCAUUCCCAGGACGGGAGAUUCAAGCAUGUGGAUUCUCCACUAAUGGCACAACUGUUUGUAUUUUCCAAUGGGUACGCCAUUUCCAAGAUGGGACAAUGGAAUACAUUACUGGGGCAGAUCAACCUAUAUAUCUGGUCACAGCUGAUGAUGUUGAUGCACAUCUUGCUAUUCAAUGUGCUCCAAUGGAUGACAGGAAUAGAAAGGGGGAGCUUGUUACAGUCUUUGCCAAUGAGCAGCACAAAAUAACUUGUGAUCCUGCUAUGCAAGAACAGAUUGAAAGAUACUUUUUUGAUGGACAGGCAUCCUUUGAAGUUUCCUUGUCGGCUGGCUGUCUAGAUAUAUGGGAAUCAGCUACAUUGUCGCUUAAGAUGGAGAGUUACACCAUUAAAAAUGGAAGCAAACCACGUGGCAUCCUUAUUUCAGAGAAGUUCUCACAAAACGUCUCUGUAACAAUCCCUUAUGGUCAGGCACUUGAAUUUGUGUUGUUUAGUUCUGAUGGAGGUGAACACCAUCUAAAGAUGACUACUGAUAGUGGCUCAUCGAGAGAUACCAUUGUUCUCACCAUGAGAUUGUUUAUCAAGCAGGCUGUAGAGAAGAAGAAGAGAAGGAAGAAGGUCCUGUUCUUUAACUAGGAGAUAGUCAGAUGAUGCCAUGCUGAGAAUGAAGCUAUGGGAUGUAACUUUUGAUUUGUAUAUCAUGUGGUAAAAUGCCAUGGUCUUGUAAAAAAAUUUCUCAUGUAAAGCAAUUCAUUGACCCAGUCCUGAUCAUAACUUGUAAUUUGCUGCAUAUGCUGAGCAAUUUGUCAAGUUCAUAGAAAUGUUAUGAUCGUUUUUCCAUGUUCCGUGCUCCUUUAGCUUCAACAGUGCAAUUCCUACAAGAGGGUGGUCCAUCCAUGGCAAUAUUUUUAACAGAAAACCCCAAAAAUGUACUGUACAACUGUUGAAUUUUGUAAAAUGGGAUUAAUGUUGAUAAAUUGUAGACUUGUUUGUAUUGUCCUAA